UCCCCGCCGCCGGCUGCGCUCCGCGGGGCCGCUGCCCCUCCGACAAAGGAGGUGGAGAAGCAGAGGCGGGAGGACGGCGAGGAGGAGGAGGGGAGGGGGACGGGGACGCGGCCGCUCCGUCCGGAUGCGGUGAGCCCCCGCUUCGCCCGGCAGCGCGGAGGGAAGCCGAGGAGCAGCCGCGGCGCUCCGCCACCAUGGGCUGCUGCACGGGGCGCUGCACGCUCAUCUUCCUCUGCUCGCUGCAGCUGCUGGCAGCAUUAGAGAGACAGAUCUUCGACUUCCUUGGUUUCCAAUGGGCUCCUAUCCUUGGCAAUUUCUUACAAAUAAUAGUAGUCAUUUUGGGUUUAUUUGGAACCAUCCAGUUUAGGCCUCGAUAUAUAGUUGUGUACACGGUGUGGACUGCCCUCUGGGUCACCUGGAAUGUGUUCAUUAUCUGCUUCUAUUUGGAAGUAGGCGGACUCUCUAAGGAAACUGAUCUCAUGACCUUUAAUAUCUCAAUGCACCGUUCUUGGUGGCGAGAGCACGGGCCUGGCUGCAUACGAAGAGUGGUGCGUCCUUCUUCUCCUGGCAUCCUAGAUGAUUACUCCUAUGUCUCUGUGACAGGCUGCAUAAUCGAUUUCCAGUACCUAGAGGUCAUUCACAGCGCUAUCCAAAUACUCCUCUCUCUGAUUGGAUUUGUGUAUGCCUGUUACGUGAUCAGUAUUUUCAUGGAGGAAGAGGACAGCUUUGAUUUUAUAGGCGGACUUGACACAUACUCCUACCGACAGCCCCCCCAGGAACAUGUUGAGUUAAAGCCUGUAAAGCCUGUAGGUCGAACUAAGUAAUGAACGUUCAGUCAAGACUUCUGCUGUCGUAGCUGAAGAAACAGAUGUCAGAAGAAAAGACCAACCUUGUGACUCAUCAUUCUGGAAGAAACGCAUUGUCCGUUUCUCACGGCGUUUCUCACGGUGGAUUGUUCUUCCCACAGGCUCAGUGUCAUUAUCAGCGUUGUUAUUUGGUAGAUCCUUGUAGAUGACUUGAAUUUUUGAAUGAUUUACUUAUAUGGACACUUGUAAAUUGUAAAUUUUUUCUUUUUUAAUUUUAAUAUUUUUACAACAUUUAAUGUUAAGGCAUGAAAACGAAACCUGUGAAAACUAUGAGAAGGCUGCAUCUUCCUCAAGGAAGUCGGUAUUUUUAACUGAUAGAAUCAUACUGUGCCUGGUAAAAAUCAUGUCAGUGAUUUGGACUCCAAAAAAUACAGCAGGAGUUAAAUCCUAAUGGUGCAAAGGAGCUCAUUUCAGUGCUGUAUUUUGAAAUUCACAGUGUUCAUUGCUUGUUUUGUUUUUUUUUUUUUAACUGCGGUAUGCAGUAGGCGUAGGUCUAUGACUCUACUUGACCAGAUGUUCCAGUACAAACGUACUCAUCUAAUAAUUGCAAUUCAUAUAUGGCUCCUUCUCCUUCUCUUAUCUCUUACUCUGAGCCCAUCAACAGUAGCUGUCUCUGAUUCAAAGAGAAAUAGAAUGACCAUACAAUCUGUGGAUGUCAGUCACUAGAAACCCUUAAUUCCAGGGUUCUUUAGGUGUCUGUGAUUUGCACACUUUUAAACUCUUUUCCUCCCUUCUCCCAGGAAGAAGCCAAGCAUGAAUGUACAGUAUAAGGCACCACCUUCAGCCUUAGAAGCCUCUGGGAAAUAAUUUUGUUCCUUAUUUAGAAGUAAACAAGCAAAUCUGAAUAUGUGUACAAAAAUUUGUAAAGUUAUUUGUAAAUACUUCUAGACAAAGAACAUGUAUGUAACUGUCGUAUUUUGUUUUCUAUUCUGUCACCACUAGCAUAAAGUGAUACACAAAAGCUACUUUCUUUGGGGAACUGGCAAUCUUUUUACCAGAACUCUGUAUUUCUUUCUUCUUGAUUACUGUUUAAAAUACUGUGCACAGUUUUAUACACCAGAGUUACAUCUCUUCACAUAAUGUGCCUCAGCAUCAGUAUAAACUUCAUCAGGACUUGGGGGCCAUUUCCCUUUUUGUGGUUUCUCAUUUUGUGUUUUCUUUGAUGGGAUUGUCAUGAAAAGCAUUCUUUCUGAUAUGCGUGUCUCUGUCUCUCCACUGGAAGCUGAACUAAGGUCCACUAAGUUCUUUCAUAAAUUUCCUGAAUGGUCUUCAGCUAGUAAAUUGCGUUCUAACAGCUUUCAGAUUCUCAGUUUGCAGUCUUUUCUUGAAGCGUGUCUAUCCUAUCUUUUCCAGUCUGAGCAGAUGUGAAAUAGAUGAAGACUUGCUUUGAUUCUUUCCCUUAGUCUGUUUGAGUUAAUUAGUGAUAUGAACCUAAUGAGACUGUUAAUACAAUCUAUCGUUUUUAGGUAGAAAGGCUUCUGUGUUCAUCCACCUGUUUUCCAGUUAGUUGAACCAAAGGCCUCACCAUCUUUGGAGAAAACAUCAACUGAAUGUGGAUUAACCUUCCCUUCCAGUAUGAAGUGUUAAGACAAAAUCAACAGAAACAACUGAAUAGGACUCUUUCUUAGUAUUCUUAGGGCUCAAUAUACCUCAAACAGUAAGUGUUUUUGUGUAAGGUCAGACUGUGCCAACACCAGGAAUGCUGUACAUGAAAAUAAUGCCAUCUGUGAUCGUGUAUUUGAAUGUUUCUCAUAUGCUAUUUUCUCAUAUUUUCUAGACUAUUGCAAAUUACCAGGUUUGUCCUAUCUUGAAGACUUUAUCUAUUUGAAAAAAUAAAUAUUUGUCACAAAGCUAAUAUAAAUGCUGACAGUUUAGAGGCUUCAUGAAGAAGAUUCAGUGUGAAUUUCUUUGUAGUUGCCAUAUUCUAAUAAGGCAAAAAACAUUUUUGUCUACUUGUGUAAAGUUUUCCUUUUGCUUAGAUUAUUUCAUUUAUUUGUAUUAUAUCUUGAACAACGUCAAUGUCUAUUCAGCCAGUGCCUACAGCCUUCUGAGUUUGAGAUGGCUCCAGAAUUUUGGAGACUGGCAAAUCUGAGUGCUGUUCAGAGCCAAAUGGCUUUCAGGAGCUGCCUUGUUUCACCUUUCUCCAUUUCAGAGAGUUCACAGUGUGGGCAUCUAGUACUGAUUCCAAUGAUCAAUGCAGUUCACGUAUGGGCUUUGCAUUUCAGCAUUAACUUAAUGGCAUUAAUUGUUUUGGGUUGGUAGAUAAGAGGCUUUUGACUGAAUCCAGUUCUACCAUGAGGACCAGAGAGGAGAAAAGGGAAGGAGUACUACAUCCUCAUCAUUUGCACACAUUCUCCUUCAGAGCAGAAUGCGCCCUAUUCUGGCAGAGCUUUGGAAGCAUCUAUUUAAUUUUCUACCAAGACAGACAUAUCUGCUGGAUCAUGUUUUACAAAUUUGUCUGGAUAUACCUCUUUCUUGCCUUUCUGUUGAACUUCAGAUUUUCAGCUUAUUGAUGAGGAACCAUGGGCACACCACAAAAAUUCUGCAAAGACAGAACCUGACUGCUUUUCUAUCUAUCUGAUAUAUUGAUCACUUUUUAGCUGGAGAACACUAACUAGCAUAUUACAAGUAAGCUUAAAAUCUUGGAACCCUUACCAGUACAGCAAGUUUCCCAUCUGUCUCAUUUAGCGAACAGAACAACCCUAAUUGAGUGGAAUUUGUCUUCAUUAGAACAAGUGAAAAUGGACACUGCAAUGCCAAGGAAAACUGUCUUUCUUUUCUAAAUUGAGACACACAAAAAAUAGUACCUAGAAAUCUGUAAGUGCUGGGAAAAAAAGAU